UGCGGUUACAUCGUCCAAGCUCGAUCAGGAAAACGAACCGUUCGUGCCCCAUAACUCUACCUGCAGUUAAGGAAACUGCAGAUCACUCCGAAACAACAACAACAACACACUUCUUGCCCCCCAUCUUCUUCUCCCCCGUCGUCUUUUUCCUACCACUUUGGAGACUCCUCCCGUGUUGGCGGGAUCUCUACGUCAACAGGUCGCAGCUCUCGGAAAUGUUUACUCUCUGAAACUCUGACCGCUUCUUGAAGCAAAGCCAAGGCAUACCCCCACGUACCUGCUGCUUCUCCCCUGCCGAAGCAACCCGUUCAUCUUUCGCCGGCGCUCCAGUAAGCUCGCAGAGGCUGAGACCCACACCAACAUCUCGAGAAACAGGGCAAGAAUUGUGAGCGAAAUCUUUUGAUCCAUCCCUGUAUCGGCGAGGCCGAUCGCCGAGCGGGAUGGAGCAGCUCCGGCAGCUCGGCGAGGCGGUGGGCGCCAUCAACGCGCUCAUGGCGUUCGAGCCCGACCUCCGGAUCAACCCGCGGCAGUGCCGCCUCCUCGCGGACGCCUGCGCGCACGCGCUGGACGCCGUGACCGGCGAGGUCCGCGCCAGCCUCCGCUUCGACGAGCGCGGCGCCAAGUGGCGCGGCCUCGAGGCCCCUCUCCGCGAGCUCCACCGCGCGCUCCGCGACGCCGAGGGCUACGUCCGCCAGUGCCUCGACCCGCGCGGCAGCUGGUGGGCGCGCGCCGCGGCCGUGGCGCACGGCACGGACUGCGUCGAGCACCUGCUCCACAACGUUCUGUGGUGCGUCUCCGUCGCGGUAGAGGCCGUCGAGACCGCCGGGGAGAACGCGGGCUCCGACGCGGACGACCUCGCGCGGACGCGGCUGGUGCUCGCCAGGAAGUACGACGGGGACAUGCUCGACCCCAAGCUGUUCCAGCACGCGCACGGUAAGCGAUACCUGGUCACCCAUGAACUCGUUGCUCGGAUGGACGCCGCGUGGAAGGAGGACAGGUGGCUGCUGUCGCAGCUGCUCGACGAAAUGACGGGCCCGGCCGCGCCAAAGCGCCUAACGAGGAACGAGCAGCGCCUCGCCGAGGUCCUGGCCGCGCCCAGUGGGAAGCUGCACCCGGCGUCCAUUCUGCUAGGAGGCGACUACAGCGUCCGCAGGCGGCUCGGCGGCCGCCUCAAGGAGGUGCAAUGGAUGGGGGAGAGCUUCGCGGUGAAGCACAUCAUCGGGGACGGCGAGGCGGUCGGCGCCGAGGUCGCGCUCCUGUCCUCGGUGGCGCACCCGAACGUCGCGCACGCCGCUCACUGCUUUCACGACGAGGACAGGAAGGAGUACUUCGUCGUCAUGGACCAGCUCAUGGCCAAGGACCUGGGGAGCUACGUCAAGGAGGUGAGCUGCCCGCGGCGGCGGACACCGUUCCCGCUCGUCGUCGCCGUGGACAUCAUGCUGCAGAUCGCGCGCGGGAUGGAGUACCUGCACGCCAAGGGGAUCUGCCACGGCGAGCUGAACCCGUCCAAUGUGCUCGUCAAGCCGCGGCAACCCGACGGCGGCUACGUGCAGGUCAAGGUCACGGAGUUCGGGCAGUACGGCGCAAAAGCGUCUGCUAAUGGCAAUGCCAACGGCGAUGACAACACCUGCAUCUGGUACGCACCGGAGGUGCUCAAGCCGGAGGGCGCGGACGGGGAGACCAGGUGCACCGAGAAGGCCGACGUGUACAGCUUCGCGAUGAUCUGCUUCGAGCUGCUGACGGGCAAGGUGCCGUUCGAGGACAACCACCUGCAGGGCGACAAGACGAGCAAGAACAUCCGCGCCGGCGAGCGACCGCUGUUCCCUUUCCAGACACCCAAGUACCUCACCACCCUCACGAAGCGAUGCUGGCACGCCGACCCGGCGCAGCGGCCGGGGUUCUCCUCCGUCUGCCGCGUGCUCCGGUACGUGAAGCGAUUCCUGGUCAUGAACCCGGAGCAGGCUGGACAGGCUGACGCGCCCGUGGCGCCACCCGUCGACUACCUGGACGUGGAGAUGCAGCUGCUGAGGAGGCUCCCGGCAUGGCAGGGCGGCGAGGGGGCUCGCGUCUCGGACGUGCCGUUCCAGAUGUUCGCGUACAGGGUCGUGGAGAGGGAGAAGACCACCGCCGUGCUGCACGCCAAGGACAAGCUAGCCUCCGACUCGGGCAGCGAAGGGAACUCGCUGUACGGCGACGAGAACGGCCUCGGGGCAAUGUCGCCCGACCACCCGUCGAGCGGCACCGUGCGGCCUCUGCCUGACAGCAGCGACGGCAAGAAGCUGCCGGCGUCGGCGAAGAAGGCGGACAGCAAGGCGUCCAACUCAAAACAAGCAGGGUCUGUUCAGAAGGUGAAGCCGAGCACGGCGAAGACUCCGCAAGCACCAAGACGGACGCUCGGCCUGAAGACCGACGGCCUCAUCUAGUCCGGGCGACAUCGGGCGUCCUCAGCUGGCAUUGCAGGUUACAAGCUCCGAUAGUACGAGCUCGUCGUGGUCCGGGGCAGUUCGAAUGCCGUCGAGUGAUUUUGAUGAACGAGUUUUCGUUUCUGUUUUCCUCCGUGAAGAAGGGUGGUUUCUAUCGCAUAGAUAUUUGUUUGAUUGGUAGUGAGAGCUGCUUCAGAGUAGUCAGUAUUAUUUACAGUCAGAAUCUUGUCGCUACUCGUGAAGUCUGAAAUCAGAAGUCAUAUUAUAGAGAAAAAAAAUCUUUGAUUUAAUCAA